AUGAAAAUAUUUCAAUUUUUUACCAUCGCAGCGGCAAACGCAAGGAGGGAUGAAAGUAAUCGCAGCGAGUUUUCCGAUUGUGGAGGACUCACUGAGUUAAGCAUGGAUAUGAAUAGUGUGGAGAUUUUCUCGCCAGUUAAUCAUACCAUGUCUGACGAUUCCUCUAUUUUCUAUCCAUCCAACACUUUCUGCGAAUGGAAUAUUCAAGAUAAAUGCGCCGAGAGCUUUCGAAUCGAUACAACUUACUUCGACAUUGAAGAGCACCAUCGUUGCGAUUGGGACUCAUUGACGAUAACGAAUGGAGAUUCGACUUACAACUCGACUUUCUGCAAUCGAUUCAAAAACCUUGACAACGACUACUGGGGCGAGCCCGAGUCUUGGGCGGAAUUCGAAGAUCUUGUGCCCGGAGAACCAACUAUGAUAAAUCACCGCGGAUUCCAUCUUUCUGUUACAUCAGUACAGGAUGAUAGUGUCUGCAGCCCUACUAUUGACGAUACACCGAGCAUUCAAAUGAUCGAUUCAUUUACCAAGCUCAGGGAUAUUCUAGACAAUACAAUGGCCGAAGCAAUUACACGUAAACCAGAGCAGAAGAUGAAGCAAUUCCGCCGAGUCGCCGAACGGUUUUCUUGGUUCUACGAGCACACAUUCGAUUCCUGUGAGAAUUCAACAAAUGCUCCGUUUGGCACAAAAAAAUGGACCAUCCCAGAAAUCGGAGCCGACAUCUGUGGUAGCUUCAUCUCGCUUAUGGACUCGGCCAUGGAGUUUUACGACCACAAGGUUUGCCUCGAUCGAAUUCAUCUCAAGGAAAACAGAAGAGCGAAACGACGAAACGAGAAAAUCGCUGACGAUUUCCGGAGAUCGAAGAAAGUUUUCAACAGACUUCUCAAAGCACUUGACUGUCCUCAGCGAUUGGAUGUUAACUAG